UUUCAGAGAUCAUUAAUCUUGUCGAUAAGCGGAAAAAAAAAAACAAAGAAUGCAGACUGUCAGUUCUCAAAGCAGAGCUAGUUGUACUGGUAGCCUGGCUUGGGGAAGAGCGUGAAAAGAGAGUGCAGUGAGUGUGCAGAAAGUGCAGAAGGCCAAUGCAUGGACGGUAUCUAUCGUCUUACGAGCAUCGUGUUAGUAUUAACGAAAACAGGAAAGAAAAGAUGGCAGGGAGAUUACGAAGGGGACUCGUGAGCCGUCUGUGGAGGAGAGGAGGAGAUGAUGCUCAUCUAAUGAUGGUGAAGCACAUGCGCAGCAUGGUGGCUUCUCUAGCUUUCUAAGGCAUGGCCAGUAUAGCGACGAGAGAGAGAGAGAGGAGGAGGAGUAUGGGAGACGGAGAGAAUGAGAAAUAGCGACCCUCUCAGUUCACUCGCUUGCGGUUGCUUCAGUGGUCCCUAGUAAGCGCCUAUGAGGGGAUAGAUUGAGUGGACAAUUAAGCGAACGUGAAGAAGACAGGAUUGAAGGAGAGUUGUUUGAUUGCGUAGGGGAUAGUCUUAUUCAGCUGUGAAUUCACAUUGCUGCCCACUUAACGCUGCAGGGCCACCCCCAGGUGGUUCAGAAUUCCGGAAGCCAACGUUGACAACUCUAGGAAGAAGAUUGAUCAGGCUUUUUGCGGUUGUAUCCAAGCAAUGGUUGAGACUCUGGAGGGCGUGAAGCUAGCAGCAAGAGCGCCAAGAAUGGAGAUGAUGAGCACCGACGAGGAUAGCAAAGCCGAGUAUCUGUAUGUUGAUGUAAAAGCACCAGUUUUGGCGGGUUUUCCUCUCAAGUGCUUCGCAUGGCUCUUGGAGACAGGAUUGGCAGGCUCUUUUCUCUUGCCAAAACUCAAAAAGGACAACUUGAUUACCAAGACAUUUUUGGAGUUACGUUAUGAAGAACCACCCAUGUACAUUCCGCAAUAUGCCCACGACGAUUCAGAUCAUAUUCAGGAGCAAAUGGUACGAAGAUUAGAGCCACACACAAUGCCUGCAGUGAGUGUAGAGUGUGGAGUUAAUUGCCUGCCACCAUAUGUAGCACGGAAUAUAAACAAACCGGUGGGAGGAGUGAAGGGGUUCGGUCACCGAACCAUUCGUGACUAUGCCCAUGCUUAUUCCUCAGGAAGGAUCACUCCAACGCAGGUGGCGGAGCAGUUUAUAUCUGCAAUCGAGGAUUCCAGAAAGGCUGGAAUGAACCUGUUUAUUGCGAUGGAUUCGGGAGACGUGCUUUCACAGGCUGCUGCAGCAACUGAGCGCUAUAAGCAAGGAAAGCCGUUGUCUGUGUUGGAUGGAGUUCCAAUUGCUGUGAAGGAUGAGAUAGAUUGCUUACCAUACAGAACUACUGGAGGGACCACAUGGCUUGGCAAAGUGCGGGAGGUCAAGGAGGAUGCAGAAGCGGUGAAACGCCUGCGUAGUUGUGGAGCAGUGAUGGUUGGGAAGACCAACAUGCACGAACUUGGGAUGGGCACCACUGGCAUCAAUCCACACUAUGGAGCAACCCGUAACCCCCACAACAUACUGAGGGUUUCUGGGGGUUCGUCUGGGGGAUCUUCUGCUGCUGUGGCAGCUGGUAUUUGUCCAGCAGCACUUGGCGUAGAUGGAGGAGGAUCAGUGCGGAUGCCGGCUGGUUUGUGUGGAGUUGUGGGCUUCAAGCCCACGUUCGGCCGUACAUCAAAUGCUGGAGUUCUGCCAUUGAAUUGGACGGUGGGAAUGUUGGGGACUCUUACGGGAUCUGUGGAAGAUGCUCUCAUUAUGUACGCAGCAAUGCAUGGUCCUCGUCCUGAUGAUGACAUUGUGUCCUUUCCGCCACCAGCAAACUUGCCUCUCCUGAAGGAUCCAGACGAAGCUUCUACCAACACUGCGAAAGUAAUGGGGGAUCUGAAAUUUGCUAAAUUCUCAAAGUGGUUCGAUGACUGUGAUGAACCUGUACGGAACGCAUGCCACCGAGCACUGCAAUUAGUGCAAACAACCUUCAAUACCAAGGUGGUGGAAGUAACUAUUCCCGAGAUUGAGGAGAUGCGGUUGGCUCAUUUUGUUACUAUAGGCAGUGAAUGUUGCACCUCGCUAGGAGUUGACUACCGAGAAUCAGGGCUCAAGGCAUCCGGUGCAGACGUUCGAGUUACUAGUUCCAUUUACGGGAGCUUUAACAAUCGGGAAUUCAUUGGUGCACAACGUAUGAGGUUUCGGCAGAUGCACUAUCACAACGAGAUCUUUAAGAAGGCAAAUAUUAUCAUCUCACCGACCACAGGAGCAACUGCACCGUUAAUUCGACGUGCUGCCGAAAAAUGUGGAGAGCUUGAUUAUGUUGUUGGAGCCAAGUUAAUGCGGUAUCAGAUAGCUGGAAACUUCCUUGGAUUGCCAGCCCUCUCUGUACCGUUUGAGUUUCAGGUUGGACAUGAUGCGGAUGGUUUACCAAUUGGGAUGCAACUUAUCGGUCGCCCAUGGUCAGAAGCGACCUUACUGCAAGUAGCAGCUGUGAUCGAGAGACUGUGUUCCCCAUUCCAACGACGACCUGAGGUCUUGUACGAUCUGCUCUCAACACCUAACAAGUAGUAGAAAUUUUACGGCGCUCCACAGCCGCUCACAAGUUCUGUUUCUCUUCAAAGAUUCAUAUUAGGUAUUACUUCAGAAUUUGUACUUCGGUAUUAGAACAUUGCAUCAAAUUUUUCGCUUCUUCACUUACAGUGUAGAAAGUGACCAACGAACCCAGAAGAAGGGCAAAAUGUCUGUCCACAUUGGCAGCAGUGCGUUGGAAGCAUUCACAAGUGCAAAUCACCAAUAAUGCAUUCAUGAACUCAUCACCGCAGCAAAUGUCCAGAUGCGCCAUUCACAGCAAUAUCGCACGUGAGCUGUUGAGCACAAAGGUGAUUCCUGUCACCCCAACGGCUAUGUCCUCCCCUCGCUUGGCGGCCUCCCAGACAGUGCAACAUCUGCGUCACUUCUGCUUUUGGAACGUAACCACAUGAGACAUAACGGUCUACAAAGACGAGGCGGGGGAUGUUGCUGAGCUCGCGCAGGCUUCACUGGUGCCUGCCUUCAGCGAAUUUUAGGUCAGAAUACCCGAAUCCCGAGUACUUCUCCUACAAGCAUCCCGGCCGGGAGAAAAACUUUGCGUAAUGAGUGAUGGUUGCUUUUUCUCACAAUCAUUCCAAUUCCUACAUGAAGUUCGGAAUCUACAAUUUCCAGCUCAAGAACACAGCAACAAAACAGUGAUUGACGCGGUGGUUCAGUUGCAAUUGGUUGCGAAACUGAACUCUUGAAGCCCAAACCGAUUGGAAUGUAACAAAAGCAAGGCAACUUAAUUUCCUAAAAACAUCUGCAGCGAAGCGCGAGUGAGAGUAUAAACACAGACGCCCCAUGCUCGGUUGCAAGCUCGCUAUCCCACUCUCUCUGUUUCUAUCUGUCUCGCGCUCUCAUAUUCUGGACAACGAACUUUAGACUGGAGAGGGGAGAAGCAUUCUGGGGCUCCCCAGAUAGGACCCCUAAAACUGCCCCAGCGGCACCUCCGACAACCUCCCCUUCCUCUGGCGCAACUUCAUAACGACCGCUUCACAAAAUCCGAAUGAAGCCACGUAAUGGCAUCACCCGCCCCAAUUUUAAUUUUGAUUUUAACUAAGGAUUAGCUAACUUCAUCUAUUUACACGAGUAUUUUAUAGGAUAAGAUUCUUUAUGUUCUAUGGAACUUGCAUAUUUAUGUUUUUCCAGUUUUUAAGUAUUUAUAUGAUUACAAAA